GCUUCCUUCUCCUCCAGUCAGCUAGCCGUCAACAAGUGCGUCAUCUCUGUCCACCGCGUAUCCUCCUUUGUUUAUUCUUCUGCUGUGGUGGUUGCUGUACGAUUUUCUUCGCUCAGCAACGUUGUCUUGUUCCUGGAUCGUUUUGAGUCGCCGCUGUUCUAGUGGCUAUGCGCCAUUAGGAUACACCAGUUGCUGCAAUGUACAUCGUCUGUUUGUUUGAAUUAUUUGGAUCCUCCAUGGAAGUUGUUGGAUGUGUGUCAAGCAUCACAGGCUUGUGUAUUAGUUGUCUACAUGAAGUAAUUGGAAAAAAGUACAAACACUUGAGAAAAAGGAGUUCUCAAAAUCUGAAUAAUUUGAUGGAAAAGUUGGAAGCUCAUAAAAAAGAUGUUGAACAUGAAGUAAAUAAAUUAUGGCAUCUAAAAGGGGCUGAAUCAAAAAAUGUAUGUAAUUUAUGGCUUAAGCAAGCUGAACAGCUGAAAAGAGAAGUAAGCAACCUCAUAGAUGAAAAUGGCCUUCUUAGACCGGAUAAAGGAUGUUGUUUCAUUUGUUCAAGAAUCAAGUUAGGGGAACUUAUAGAGAAGAAGAUCGUAGAUACUAAUGAACUUUUAGAGAAUGUUCCACAUUCAAAUGAUUCAAUUGUCAAUUUUGUUACCAAGAGAGGUGUUUUGCUGUCUGCAACACCAAUGUUCCACAUUCUUGUUUGAUGAGCAUGCUAGAAGGAUUGGUAUUUGGGGGAUGGGAGGAGCAGGUAAAACAACUAUUAUGUCAGAAAUUAAUAAUCGCCUGUUGCAUAAUAGCAAUGAAUUUAACUGCAUUAUUUGGGUGGAAGCAUCAAAGGAUCUACAGAAGUUGCAGCAGGAUAUAGCUGUGAAGUUGGAUUUGACUUUUCAAGAAGCUGAUGAUGAAAGAACAAGAGCCUCGAAAUUGUUAGAAGCUUUUAAUAGGAGGAAGAGAUUUACACUGAUUUUAGAUGAAGUUUGGGAACCAUUCAAUAUUGAAAGUGUUGGAAUCCCUGUGCCAACAGUAGAGAAUGGUUGUAAAUUGGUGAUUAUAACUCGAGAUGUUAGAGUGUGCAGAGUUAUGGAAACAGAUAAAGAUGUGGAAGUGAAAGUUCUUUCAGAAGAGGAAGCAUGGGAUCUCUUCAAGGACAAAGCUGGGGAACAAGUGCUAUCAAAUCCAAAUAUACAAUCAAUUGCAAUGGAUAUGGCAAAAGAAUGUGGUGGUUUGCCUCUGGCUAUUGUUGCAGUUUGA